AUGCCGUUUCUCGCGCUGGUGCUGCAGAUGUUGUUGAGUCCCCUGACGUCGUCUCGGCUAUCGAUGAUUGACAGCGAGGAUUAUCGGCGGAUGCACCCCAGUUCUUUAAGGAUGCGCCUUCAGGCAGAACACGAGCUGAAAGAUGAUUGUGCUGUUAUCGACGGUGGAGCUGUUCAACCGUACGAGCUCGUCUCCAAGAUGCAGGAAUAG